AUGGACCGUCAGGACAAGGAUAGGAAGCUCGAGCAGGCUGCCCAGGAGAUGUUUGGCAAGAGCUUUGAUGAGUGCGAGAGCCACGAGCGCGUGCGGGUCGGCGGCAAGGUUGGUGGCGGCGUCAGGGGCGGGGACAUGGCGGACCCAGACCGCGCCCCCAAGCCCCCAGCUGUCAAGUUUGGUGAGGACAACACAGAUGCCAAGUGA